CAUAAUGAGCUGCAUCAUCUGAACUGAUGUCACAGCAUCAUGCAGCAGGUCAAACAAGGCAUCUCCUAGUAUUGCAUCCUACAGAUGUGCUGUAAACAUCAAAAGGCGACGUUGGGAGCAGGAGAUGGCAAAAUGGCAUUUCUUGCUGAAGAAACUCAAAGGACCUCCAGGAGGCACAUCAGCGCCUGAAUCCUGCAGAACUGUUAGCAACGUCAGGAUCACAGCAAAGUGUGCGAUAAACAGAAGCCACGCUCAGCUCGGGUGGUGGGAAGUGGAGAGAGCAGACGGCUGGACGGAGCUUUCAGGCCCUAGCAUGCCGAUGGCAUAGCUGUUUUGGAAAGAAGUAAGGCUUAGAUUUCUCCAUGUUAACCAUGAGCGUGACCCUUUCCCCACUGCGGUCCCAGGACCCAGACCCCAUGGCGACUGAUGCCUCGCCCAUGGCCAUCAACAUGACACCUACCGUGGAGCAGGAGGAAGGAGAGGGAGAAGAGGCCGUGAAGGAUGUGGAUGCUGAGCAGCAGUAUGGAAAGCCACCUCCACUCCACACAGCAGCUGACUGGAAGAUUGUCCUGCACUUACCUGAGAUUGAGACCUGGCUCCGGAUGACCUCAGAGAGGGUCCGUGACCUAACCUACUCGGUCCAGCAGGAUGCAGACAGCAAGCAUGUGGAUGUGCAUCUAGUUCAGCUAAAGGAUAUUUGCGAGGAUAUUUCCGACCACGUAGAGCAGAUCCAUGCCCUCCUUGAGACGGAGUUCUCCCUGAAGCUGCUGUCCUACUCGGUCAAUGUCAUCGUAGACAUCCACGCAGUGCAGCUGCUCUGGCACCAGCUCCGCGUAUCCGUGCUGGUCCUCCGAGAGCGCAUCCUACAAGGUCUGCAGGACGCCAAUGGCAACUACACCAGGCAGACUGACAUUCUGCAAGCGUUCUCUGAAGAAACAACGGAGGGCCGGCUUGACUCCCUCACAGAAGUGGACGACUCAGGGCAGUUAACUAUCAAAUGCUCUCAGAAUUAUUUGUCUCUGGAUUGUGGUAUUACUGCCUUUGAACUUUCUGACUACAGUCCAAGUGAGGAUCUGCUGGGUGGCCUGGGCGACAUGACCACUAGCCAGGCCAAAACUAAAUCGUUUGACUCUUGGAGUUACAGCGAGAUGGAAAAGGAAUUUCCCGAGCUCAUCCGAAGCGUUGGGCUGCUUACAGUGGCCACCGAGCCUGUCCCUUCCAGCUGUGGAGCAGCCAAUGAGGACUCAUCUCAAGUGACCCUUUCAGAAGACCACAGAGCUGGACAUGAGGAAGACGGCGCUCCUGAACCUGGAGAGCAGCUGGGCUCAACACUGGGGACGUCUUCCUUAGGGGACACACUGACAAACGCUGCUGAACACCCUCCGGAGACAGCAAACCAAGACUCUACUUCCUCUCCGCAGCUUGGUGCGAAAAAAUCCCAGCCUGGUCCUUCUGAAAUGAUGACUCCCAAGAGAUCCAUCCGCGAUUGCUUUAAUUAUAAUGAGGACUCUCCCACGCAGCCCACAUUGCCCAAAAGAGGGCUAUUUCUAAAAGAAACUCUUAAGAACGAGCGGAGAGGCAGUGAUGGGAAGGGGUGGGUGGUUGACCUGAAGCCUGAGCUGAGCAGAAGCACCCCGUCCCUGGUGGAACCCCCUGACAGAUCGAAGCUCUGCCUAGUGUUGCAGUCUUCCUACCCCAGCAGCCCUUCGGCCGCCAGCCAGUCCUAUGAAUGUUUGCACAAGGUGGGGAUCGGCAAUCUUGAAAACAUAGUCAGAAGUCACAUUAAAGAAAUUUCUUCCAGUUUGGGAAGGCUUACUGACUGCCAUAAAGAGAAACCACGACUGAAAAAGCCUCACAAGACCUUGGCCGAGGUGCCCCUGUGCAAACUACCUAAACGGGGAACUGGUUCAGGAAAGCAAUCUGAGAAUACCAAGAGCUCAGCCAUGCCGACCAUGGUGUCUCCUGGAGCUCCGAAAGCCACGGCAGGACCAGCAACAGAUUCUGAGUCUACAACCUCAGGUGACACGUGCCAUCAGAGAAAUCGGGGUGGAAAAUUGCCAGCGCAGUCGAAGGCCUCCAGCUCAUCCCCUUGUAGUCACAGCAGUGAGUCCUCUCUUGGCUCAGACAACAUCAAAUCCCCACUUCCUCUUCUUUCAAAAAGCCAAAAAGGCUCCCCACCCACUCCAUGUCACGCCACACAGAGCGGUCAGGUGGUGGAGGCCUGGUACGGCUCUGAUGAAUACCUAGCGCUGCCAUCUCACCUUAAACAGACGGAGGUGUUAGCUCUGAAACUGGAGAACCUAACCAAGCUUCUACCCCAGAAACCCAGAGGAGAGACUAUCCAGGAUAUUGAUGACUGGGAACUGUCUGAGAUGAAUUCAGACUCUGAAAUCUAUCCAACGUACCACAUCAAGAAAAAACACACAAGGCUAGGCACCGUCUCUCCGAGCUCAUCCAGCGACAUAGCCUCAUCUCUCGGGGAGAGCAUUGAAUCUGGGCCCCUGAGUGACAUUCUUUCUGAUGAGGACUUAUGUCUGCCCCUGUCCGGCAUGAAAAAGUUCAUUGAUGAGAAAUCAGAGAGACCUUCAUCCUCUGAGAAGAAUGAGAGCCAUUCUGCUACAAAAUCAGCCUUAAUUCAGAAACUAAUGCAAGAUAUUCAGCACCAAGAUAACUAUGAAGCCAUCUGGGAAAGAAUUGAGGGGUUUGUGAACAAGCUGGACGAAUUCAUUCAGUGGCUAAACGAAGCCAUGGAGACCACGGAGAACUGGACUCCGCCUAAAGCCGAGACGGACAGCCUCCGGCUGUACCUGGAGACACACUUGAGCUUUAAGUUGAACGUAGACAGUCACUGUGCCCUCAAGGAAGCCGUGGAGGAAGAAGGACACCAACUUCUUGAGCUCGUUGCGUCUCACAAAGCAGAAGGACUGAAGGACACGCUGAAGAUGAUUGCAAGUCAAUGGAAGGAGCUGCAGAGGCAAAUCAAACGGCAACACAGCUGGAUUCUCAGAGCCCUGGACACCAUCAAAGCCGAGAUACUGGCUACUGAUGUGUCUGUGGAGGACGAGGAGGGGACGGGGAGCCCCAAGGCUGAGGUUCAGCUCUGCUACCUGGAAGCGCAGAGAGACGCUGUGGAGCAGAUGUCCCUCAAGCUGUACAGCGAGCAGUAUACCAGUGGUAGCAAGAGGAAAGAAGAGUUUGCUGACAUGUCGAAAGCCCAUUCGGUGGGAAGCAAUGGGCUUCUGGACUUUGAUUCAGAAUAUCAGGAGCUCUGGGAUUGGCUGAUUGACAUGGAGUCCCUUGUGAUGGACAGCCACGACCUGAUGAUGUCAGAGGAGCAGCAGCAGCAUCUUUACAAGCGCUACAGCGUGGAAAUGUCCAUCAGGCACCCGAAAAAGACAGAGCUACUUAGCAAGGUUGAAGCUUUGAAGAAAGGUGGCCUUUCACUACCAAAUGAUAUCCUGGAAAAAGUGGAUUCAAUUAAUGAAAAAUGGGAGCUGCUUGGGAAAACCCUAAGAGAGAAGAUACAGGACACAAUGGCAGGCCACAGUGGGUCGGGCCCACGUGACCUGCUCUCUCCUGAAAGCGGAAGCCUGGUAAGGCAGCUGGAGGUCAGGAUCAAAGAGCUGAAAAGGUGGCUAAGAGAUACAGAGCUUUUCAUCUUCAAUUCCUGUCUGAGACAAGAGAAGGAAGGAACGAGCGCCGAGAAACAACUCCAAUACUUUAAGUCGCUCUGUCAUGAGAUCAAGCAGCGGCGUAGAGGAGUGGCCUCCAUUCUGAGGUUGUGCCAGCACCUUCUGGAUGACCGGGACACUUGUAAUCUGAAUGCGGAUCACCAGCCCAUGCAGCUGAUCAUUGUAAACCUUGAAAGAAGGUGGGAAGCCAUCGUCAUGCAAGCUGUCCAGUGGCAAACACGGUUACGAAAGAAGAUGGGAAAAGAAUCUGAGACUCUGAAUGUGAUUGACCCUGGCUUGAUGGACCUGAAUGGAAUGAGUGAGGAUGCCCUGGAAUGGGAUGAGACAGACAUAAGUAACAAACUCAUUAGUGUGCAUGAAGAAUCCAACAACCUUGAUCAAGACCCAGAGCCUAUGGUUCCAACAGUGAAACUUGAAGAGACACACCACAAGGACUCCGGUUAUGAAGAGGAGGCAGGUGACUGUGGAGGGUCCCAGUAUACCUCAAACAUCACUGCCCCUUCCAGCCCACACAUUUACCAAGUGUACAGUCUCCACAAUGUUGAGUUCCACGAGGACAGCCACACUCCGUUUCUAAAAAGCAGCCCCAAGUUCACAGGCACAGCGCAGCCCACUGUUUUAACUAAGAGCCUCAGUAAAGAUUCUUCAUUUUCAUCCACAAAAUCGUUACCAGACCUUUUAGGCGGUUCCAGCUUGGCAAGGCCUUACUCGUGUCAGAGUGGAGACUUGAGCCAGAAUUCAGGCAGUGAGAGUGGAAUUGUCAGCGAAGGAGACAAUGAGAUGCCAACCAACUCCGACAUGAGCUUGUUCAGUAUGGUCGAUGGGUCCCCGAGUAACCCUGAAACACAACAUCUGGACCCACAAAUGAGAGAUGCAGCCAAUGUGCUGGAGCAAAAAUUUAAAGAUGAGGGGGAGUGCAUUAAGCUUUCAAGUGUCUCUCAGGCAUCUGUCUCACCAAUGGGUUGUGUAAAUGGGAAAGCUGGGGACUUAAACAGUGUUACCAAACACACCACUGAUUGCUUGGGAGAAGAAUUACAAGGAAAACACGAGGUGUUUACAUUUUAUGACUACUCGUACCUCCAAGGCUCAAAGCUCAAAUUUCCAAUGAUAAUGAAACAGCCGCAAAGUGAGAAGGCCCAUUUGGAGGAUCCCCUUCUUCGUGGUUUCUAUUUUGAUAAAAAGUCCUGCAAACCUAAACAUCAGGCUUCUGAGUCACAACCAGACGUGCCCCUCCAUGAAAAGAUCUUGGCAAGUGCCCCCCACGAGAUGGGUCGAAGCUCAUACAAAAGUAGCGACAUAGAGAAGACACUCGCGGGCAUCCAGAAUGCCCGACAGCUCUCCCUUUUAUCUCGUAGCUCAUCGGUAGAGUCCCUUUCCCCAGGGGGUGAUUUGUUUGGAUUGGGAAUCUUUAAAAAUGGCAGUGACAGCCUCCAGCGAAGCACUUCUUUAGAAAGUUGGUUGACAUCCUAUAAGAGCAACGAGGAUCUUUUUAGCUGUCACAGCUCUGGGGACAUAAGUGUGAGCAGUGGCUCGGUUGGUGAGCUGAGCAAGAGGACAUUAGAUCUUUUGAAUCGUCUGGAGAACAUACAGAGCCCCUCAGAGCAAAAGAUCAAGAGGAGUGUUUCGGAUAUCACUCUGCAAAGCAGUUCCCAAAAGAUGUCCUUCAGUGGCCAGAUGUCACUGGAUGUCGCAUCCUCUAUCAAUGAAGACUCGCCGGCAUCUCUUACCGAACUGAGUAGCAGUGAUGAGCUCUCUCUUUGCUCGGAGGACAUUGUGUUACACAAAAACAAGGUCCCAGAGUCCAACGCAUCAUUCAGGAAGCGCCUGAAUCGCUCGGUGGCUGAUGAGAGCGACGUCAAUGUCAGCAUGAUUGUCAACGUCUCCUGCACCUCUGCUUGCACUGAUGACGAAGACGACAGCGACCUCCUCUCCAGCUCCACUCUCACCUUGACGGAAGAAGAGCUGUGUCUCAAAGAUGAGGAUGACGACUCCAGUAUUGCAACGGAUGAUGAAAUUUAUGAGGAAAGCAACCUGAUGUCCGGGCUGGACUACAUCAAGAACGAACUGCAGACGUGGAUAAGACCCAAACUUUCCUUGUCGAGAGAAAAGAAACGGCCCAGCAUCACCGAUGAAAUAAAGGUCAAUAAAGAUGGAGGAAGCACUGAGAGGGCCAAUCCCUCGGACACCCUGGACAUUGAGGCCCUUCUAAAUUGCUCCAUAAAACGUCUCUCUGAAAACAACGGGAAUGGUAAGAACCCACCCAGAACUCAUGACUUAGGAACCAAAGGUGAAAAUAAGAAAAAUACGUACGACGUUACUAAAGAUCCGCAUGUGGCCGACAUGGAAAAUGGCAAUGUUGAAAGUACUCCAGAAAGAGAAAAGGGGAAGCCAGGGAUUCCAGAGGCAUCAGAGAACCUUGCUUCAAAUGUGAAAAAGAUUUCUGAAUCCAAGCACAGCGAGUAUGAAGCAUUAAUGGAUGGUUCUGAUGAUUCAAAUGUCGCUGGGAAGGAAUGUGGUCCCCCAAAUGAUAGGCAUCCUCCACAGGUUGGUUCCGAUCCCCAGCAUCCUGAAAGGGGUGACUGCACAUCAGUCCAGAACUCUUGCUCAGGACUACUGUUGGAAACCAGCAGCGGAAGCAGACAAGAUAGUGAUGGACUCAAAUCUUUGUCUAAUGAUGCACCAAGUGUGGCUAGAAACGCUGCUGGUUGCUGCCUACUCGAACAAAAUGAGACAGAGGAAAGUGCUUCUAUCAGCAGCAGCACUUCCUGUUGCAACUGCAAGCCAGAUGUUUUCCAUCAAAAAGAUGAUGAAGAUUGUUCGGUACAUGACUUUGUUAAGGAAAUCAUUGACAUGGCAUCAACAGCCCUCAAAAGUAAAUCACAACCUGAGAGUGAGGUGGCCGCUCCCACGUCACUGACCCAAAUUAAGGAGAAAGUGUUAGAGCAUUCGCAUCGGCCCAUACACCUGAGGAAGGGAGAUUUUUACUCCUACUUAUCUCUUUCGUCCCACGACAGUGACUGUGGGGAGGUCACCAAUUACAUAGAUGAGAAGAGCAACACCCCAUUGCCACCAGACACCGUGGACUCUGGCUUAGAUGACAAGGAAGACAUGGACUGCUUCUUUGAAGCUUGUGUUGAGGACGAGCCUGCUGAUGAGGAAGCCCAUCUCUCCAGUGCCCUUCCAAAUGAAUCAGAAGUCCAGGAUGAAGCUGCUAAGCCAGAACAAAUGACAGCCGGCUCUUCUGUGUUCAGUGAUGAGACAGACACGGUGCCUCUUUCAGGACUUUCCCCUCAGAAGGGAGCUGAUGAUGCAAAGGAAGGAGAUGGUGCGUCCCACACUUCCCAGGGCUGUGUGGAGAGUGCAGAGCCUACCACCUCCCCAGGAAAGGCCAAGAGAGAGGGGAGUUCAAGAAAGCAAAGUGUAUCAGGAACGCCAGAAGAAAACGCUGCUUCAGCCAAACCGAAAAUUCAAGCUUUCUCUUUGAAUGCAAAACAGCCAAAAGGCAAGGCUGCACUGUAUCCCAGCCCCCAAACUUUAACCUGCAAAGAGAAGCUCGUAAGCUUUCAUGAAGAUCGACAUAGUAACAUGCAUAGGUAGAAUGUAAUGCCCCCAAGCAUGGAACUCAUCUCAUUGAAAGAUAGCCUGGCUGAAGCUCGGGGCUGGCCUGACCCACCCUGGGCUGGUCUUGGGUUCCAUCCUGUUAUCAUCACUGCCUCCUGCCACGUUGACUUCCUGAAGACGAACCUUCCUUCUGAAUGCGGUCUGUCCACGUGGGCCUCCCGAUCUGGAUGUGUGCAUUGCUCCUCUUAGGUGAUCGUCUUAGUUCCUCAAAGCUGCUUGUUCUCCCGUGGAUUCCUGUCCCAAGCUACCUCUGGCAACCCUCUCUCUCCAGCAAGACUUCUGUUUUCCCUCCCCCUCCCACCUCCUUUUAAAGCUCUGCCGUUCACCAAAUUGAUGGUCCAUUAAACCCACUGUCUGGAAUGGCACCCCUCCCAUCAGUACUUGACCAAUUUUAUGUUUUGCUCUGAAAUUUUUCAUGAUAUUAUACCUAUGUUUAUUGAAAGAGAUUUACCUAAAAAGCCAGCCCUUGAUUUGAUUGUAGUAUAGAAGAGACACAUUGAUCCUUAUGACAAAAUUAAGUGAUGUUUUGAAAGCGCCAUUUUAAUUAUUUCUUUUUAGUAAUGAUCUAUGCAGCACUUCAAGAAACAACUAUAACAGUGUUGUAUCGUAUAAACUGGUACAUUCUACUAUUAAGUUUGUUUUUGAUUUCUCUGCUUCUUGAGGUGGUAAUGAGAAAAAUGUUUUUUUUUUUUUAAAACGGUGUGCCUUGCUGUAUUUCUUAUACCAUUUAUUAAAAAGCUGCUUUUGUGGUAAUAUUAUGUUGGUUUGAAAGGAGGAAAUAGCAAGGUUAAGAUGCGUGAAUAAUUUCUGUAUAUAUGUAUAAGCUAGUACAAACACUGAUGUAUGACAGUAUAAAAUGCUUUCAUGUUUGUGAUGUCCAGUGAUGUGGAGAAUAUAAGCCUUAAACCCGUUCAAUUGCAUGGUAAUUAAAAUUGGCAUAAUAAAAAUAGCUUAUUGGGGGAAAGGAAAAUUAAUGAUCUCUUCUACCUGUGUUUUUACCAAAUUCUUGCAUCUGGUUCUAGAAAAGAAAAAGAAUCAAACUCCAUAUAUUAGCUUCCAAAAUAUCCAUAUUGCACAGAAGGCUUACAUUGCUUAGACUACAGACUAGGCCUGAAGCCUUCAUAAUUUUCAAAAAUCUUUCUGUUUCACUGUAAACAUCCUGAAAUAGCAAAGGUUUAAAGGCCAUUUCCAUCAACAAUGUUUUAUUCUAAAUGUUUUUGUUUCUACUUGCUAAUGGUUUAAAGUUGUAUUUGGAGAUCUCUUACAUGCCCUAAUUUAUUUUAAAUAUUUGAAUGGUUUUGGUGGAUGGUAUAGAAAAUUUGAUUAUUAUUUUAUUUAAACUAUAGAUUUCAGGUAUAUUUAUUUUGUUAAGAAAAAUCAACAGAGGAAUAUUCCAUUUGGUCUUUUUUUUUUUUUUUGACUUGAAGAAUUCAGCUUUUAAUUUAUAUCAUAACUCCUACUAAAGUGCCUGACACACAGUAGGUAUUUCAUAGAGUUUCCUGAAUUUGAGUAUUGAGUGGGGUUUUACAUAUAUAUAUAUCUAUAUAUGUUUCCUGCAUUAAAACUAGAAAAAGAUGUGCAAAGUGAAGCACAUCUAUAAUCACACAUUUAUAAUCAGAUUUCCAAAAGCCAAGAGAACAUGACAGACAUAUGUAGCCACCGAAAUGACAAUCAUUCAUUCAAUAGAUCACUCAUUAGCAUCUUUUGCCUGCAAGUCACUAUUUUAGAUUCGGGGAGAGCAGCUAUGAACGAUGCACUGCCUUUGGAGGUUUAUCUAUGUUUGAGACAGAGUGACUGACCACACAGAUGUGUGUUUCAUAACGUCCUACAGAUGAGGAAGAAAGCAAGUGUAGAGAAAGAGCCACAAUGAGAGAGACAGCGGGUGAGAGGCUGGGGCAAAGAGAAAGGCUAUGGGAGAACAGGGGUUAGCAGGGCUUCACUACAUGUGUGAAAAGAGAGAAGGCCAAAUAGAGAGGCCUGCAAGAUGUUUACAGAGCGGACAUGGAGUGUUUGUGUGCUGUGUACUAGGUAUAGGAGACCCAGUAGCUUGUGUGGGGCUUUAUUUUAUCCCACAAUUGUAACUUUACUGGCGCCCUCCCAGGAACACUUAAAUAAUUUUGAGUGGGUUUUGCCCCUUCUAACCUUUGCUGCACAUAUUUUUAAAUGGAUGGCUCAUUCUAGGCUUUUGGGUAUGUAGUGACUUCUUCCAACGGAGUCUUAGAGAGACAUCUAGUUAUAGUGUUCAUGAGGAUCACAAAGGGGAGAUGUUAGACAUAACUAUGUGGUAGGGGGAAAGAAAGAGGGAAAUUAGCUAGAUUUAAGGCAAUGACAGAGUGCACAGGGAUGGUAGCCUGAAAUACAGAGAAAGACAGAUCCUAGAGUCCUGAAAAGUAUUUGAACAUUUUUGGACCUCUGUUAGGAUAUGGCAUUAUUUUAUAUACUGAGACAACCUGAAUUUCUCUUAGUCAGUAAGUAAUGUCAAGUCUAAGUCUAUUGAAAAGACAUUCAAAAAAUUAAUGGGCCGUGCUGGACUAUUUGCCUCUUAUAUACUCAUGAAGACUUAGAAUUUGAAAAUAUUUAUUAGAUAUCCGCUUAACACUAACACCAAGUUGACCAGGUUGACUCUUGAGUUUAUUGAUGCCUUUUCCAGCCAGAAGAGAUGGAAGAGCCUCAGUUUCAUACCCUGUGUAGACACUACCUUCCCAUCUGCAUUUGAAAACAGCUCAUUUGGUUUGUAUUGAUUCGACCAACACUAUCUACACAUGUCCCAUGACAAUUGUUUGUUAUUUGUUAAGGCAAAGUAUCCCUCUGGUGGGCAUGUGUUUCUGUUAGAAUGUACUCUCUUAGGUUGCUAAAUAAAGUCCACAGGGUACCCCUCCCCUUUUAGUUUGGUUCAUUGGUCCUAUGCCUGUGCUGCAGAGAGGCCCUUAGAGGAUUCAUGGUCCCUCUGUCUCAUGGCCACCCUUCAGGUAAUUGAGAACAGUUACUCUCUUUCCCAGGCAGUUCCUCCAACUGCCCUUCAUAUAUCAUGACUUCAGAUCCAUUUCAACUUGACUGAAUGUUAAACAGGCAGAACCCUUGAUGUCAAGGGACUGUCUUCAUCCUACAUGUAGAGAGGUGUGUGGACACUUAAGUGAUACGUUUUCUCAAAAAUAUAUUCAAGAUAUAUGUUUAUUCUACUAUUGUAAAUUUCAAUAAAUAAACAAAUAAACAAGUGAAUAAAAUAAGAAUACAUGACUUCCUUCUGUGGUCCAGGCUAGUGCUGGAGUCAUCUUCAAUCUUUUCCUUAUGUUGGAUUCAAACCUGACAUUUCCAUGGAAAACAGAUCUGCCUUUCCUAUCAUUCACCCACUAAUUUAUUCAGUCAUUCAAACAUUCAUAGAGUAGCCACUAGUGUGUGGCAUAGCAUUGUCUCACCUACACAAAGACAACUGAAGCAUAUGUGCUUAGAAGUUUCUCUCUGAUCAUACCCUUAAAGAUAAUAAUUAUGACAUUUCCCCCCAGAUUAAUUUUCCCCAGACCCACUUACUUUGCCUCUUAUCCAUAUGUCUACACUAUCAAAAAUCAGGUGAGCAAAUUGAUAUGUCCUAUGGUCUGGAUGAAACUGUGAUAAGAAGUGAAGUGGCUUAGUAUUUUUCAGAUAUUUUUUGUUUGUUUGUUUGUUACUCAACAAAUCUGCAAACAAGAUAGCAGUCUGAAUCUGGGGCCUGUGACAGCCCAGGUUUGAUUAUCUUGUUGCUUGGUUCACUAGACUUGGCUUUUCACCAUAAUAGCUGAGAAGAGAGUGGGUGCAAAUGUCAAACAGUGAAGUGAUCCAGCUGGCUUUCACAGGGAGAGCUGUGCUCUCUUCUGAAUGAAACUGAAAUACAUGAGUUUCCUUAGAGUAACUAACCCCCGAGUAUCAGCACUUGUGAAGUAGAACUUGGACCACCAAAACACCUCUUUUCAGAUACACAUAGCACAUAGCUUUCCCCAUUUUUAUUUUGGUAAUUUUAGACCUAUGGAAAAGCCAAGUGGUACAAGAACAAUGUCUCUGCACACUUUGCUUAGAUACAUUUACUUUUGGAAUUUGUAUCUCUCUUUCUGUCCAUGUCACACCACAUGACACAUCACACACACACACACACACACACACACACACAUACACACAUACACAGAGACAUACACGUGCGUGCACACACACUACCUUCUUGUAUGAUUGUACCAUUAAAAAUUCAUUUUCUGCAUACAACACUUCAUUUAUAAAGAUGAGCUACUAUGUCAAGGAGCAAAGGCAUUUUCUACAAGUCUGUAAUACUUUACGAUAAUACGUAGUAAUCCUUAUUACAGUUUCUCUACUUUAAGAUAUGCUUUGUGUGUGUGUGUGUGUGUGUGUGUGUGUGUGUGUGUGCCUUUACCUUCAACCUAGUGCCCAAAAGAUGACCACAUAGGCAUUUUAGCUUUGUAUCUUCUUGAUCUGGAACAGGUUUUUCAUUCUCUUAUUCCCCCUUUGGUCCUCACUGUAUUGACAUUUCUGAAGAGCUCAGGUCAGUUUUGUAGAAUGAGUCAUAACUUGGAUAAGUCCUGUUAUCUUCUCGUUGUAAAUCUCAGGAUGAGCUGGUUUUGUGGCUAUAGCUUAUGAGUGAUGGUGUGUUCAGAUCGUGGAUGGAGUGGGAGUGGAUCACCUACAUUCUUGCUUCAAUUUUUCUUUUGUUUUCUCAGGCAGAGGUCAGCAGAUCAUGGCCCAUGGGCCUGAUUUAACCCCCUGCCUAUUUGCGUUUGUCCUGGGAAUUAAGAAUGACGUUUACUUUUUUAUGUGGCUGAAAAACAAUAAAAAGAAUGUUUUUGUGAUUAGUGAAAGUGACAAGAAAUGAAAAUGUUUGUGUCAGUGAAUAAAGCCUUCUUGGAACACAACCUCACACUUGUUUACACUAGAUUUGCACUAGAACUGCAGUUACUUAGCACAGUAUGUCUGAGAUGUUUUCAUAUAUGACCCAUUGGAAACUCCCUUCUGAUCUAUGAUCUAUGGAAUUAAAACAUCUGAUACCAUUCUAUAAGAGGCCAAUAGACUGCAAAGUCAAUGGGACAUAGGACAUGCAAGCUUUUCUUUCUAGUUUUUUCACAUGAUCAGUUUCAUUUCCAUGAAGAGAUCCAUUGACAUUCUUUUUUAUUUUUUUGUUUUUCGAGACAGGGUUUCUCUGUGUAGCCCUGGCUGUCCUGGCACUCACUUUGUAGACCAGGCUGGCCUCAAACUCGGAAAUCUGCCUGCCUCUGCCUCCCAAGUGCUGGGAUUAAAGGAGUGUGCCACCACCACCUGGCUCCAUGGACACUCUUAAGUCACAGUAUACUGUUAUUUUCUAAGACAGAGGUCAGCCAACUAUAGCCAUGGACCAAAUAGAUCUUUACUUUUGACUUGUAAUUUUAGAAAAAAAUAAAGUGUACUUUGUUUUAUAAACAAAAAGAUUGUUCUACAUCAUUAACCUAAGGAUUUGAAUUUAGUUAGUUACAGAUUGGAUAUUACUGAUUGAUUUGGAAUUUAGUCAGUUACAAAUUGGAUAUUUAGUGCAACCAAGACCACAAGAAAAAUUGGUGCACCAUAAACUCAAUGUACCAAUAAAUUGAGACCUUUUCUCUAAAGCAGUGUUAAGCCAGGUUAUUUCACUAUUAUGAUUAUUUAUUUAUUUGUUUUUCAACCCAAACAUUAACACACACACACACACUCACACACACACACAUUUUCAUUUCCUGGUCAUAUAUAAAAAGUUUCAUAAGCCAAGGAAAUAGCUAUUCCAUUGAGAUCCUGUUGUGGUUGUGAGUAGACACUCUCAUUGAGUAGAAGAGUUCAAUGAAAUUAGUCCUGUAGUUCAUCCAUUGAUUUGAUGCAGGCAGCUCUGUCACAUGUACAGCAAGAUAAUGGUCAAGCAAAUCCAUACAGAUGCUUCUUUUAAAACAGCUACAUGCUUUCCACACAGCAAUUACUUCUGCAUUUGAGACUUGCCACCCAUUUGCUUGUCCAAAGGAAAAUGAUAUGCUAUACAUAGAUCAGGUCCAUGAUAGGUUUCUUGAGCAAUGGCAUGCUGAUUAGUAAUGCCUGGAGACCAUCUGACUCUCCCUUGUGGACUCCCACCAAAGCAGAAAGUAUGCAGUUUGUUCCUCCUUGUGCUUUGAAAUUAAUCAGAGCUUGCAUAAUGCAACCUUCCUUCGGUUCUUUUCCAGGCAGCAUGCAUGCAAAACUUGGAUGGUGUCCACACAUGUGAGAUUGUUUUAGUUCAGUAUGACUGUUACAAGAAAAUACUUUACUCUGGGAAAUUUGCAAACAAGAAAAUUUGUAGCAAGACAAUCUGGAAGCUGAGGAGACCAAGAUUGGGGCAACAGAAGAUUCAGUGUCUGGUGAGAUCCUUCGCUCUGUUUCAUUGAUGGGUAUUCUCUGUGCUUCCUCAUAGCAUGAGGUGCUGAACAAGCAUCCCCCACCCCCAGCCCUCUAUGGGCAGUUAUCUCCUUCACAACUUAUUCACCUUCUAAAGACUCUUAUUAAUUCUGUUGCACUGGGGACUGGGUUUGAACAUGGGAAUUUAGGGAUACAGACAUUGAAAACACAGCACAGGCAUUUGCAGGCAUUAGGGCAAUUGCCAAUAAGCAGUUUCCAGUGAAGAGUCUACUUGGCUCUCUUCUCUCCAUGCAAGAAAGGGAACAACACAGUUGAUUAGAGUGAUAUGGUUUUAAAGGCAGUUUAAGAACAUUCUAAUUUGUUUUUUAAAGUUCUUUUUAAAGUUUUGUAUGUUAUGAUUGAUUAACAACCUUGUGACAUCAUAUUUAAGACACACUAAAUAGGAGAUGCCCCAAAGCACAGAGAAUGAGCCCUAUGCAAAACACUGUCUGAGCAGCCCCAGUUUAUCCACAACCGUGAGGAAUUUGAACUGUGGGGAGUAAGCUCUUCAGAAAAAAAAAAUAGAGCAUUAAAAACAGAGAUGUGAAGCAUUGUGAAACUUGGACUUCAUGACCCUGGGAAAUGGCCAGUCCAGGCAGUCUGGUCUCGGGAACCUCACCCAGCAUGAACUUUGGAGGCAGAAGACGAUAGAGAUGUCCCAGGUGUGCCCAGAGUCCCACACAUCUCACCAGCUAAGCUGCUGAGCUCAUCAGCCCUCUACUGUGCAGCUUUCCUUCAUUCAUGUAGCUUGGGGAAGUUUGACUGGAAGCCUCAGGAAUAAAUUUGGAUAUUUUUCCAUAUCAUAAGGACAUGCAACAAUACGGCUUAUUAAUUUAAGUACAAAUGAGUAAUAUAGUCUAAUCUAAACUGUGUUAAAAUUAUGAAAACUUUUCUUUGUAUUCUAUCUACCAUUUAAAACAAAACACCAUAAACAAAUGGGGGGUAUUAUAGAUGUAAAGUGUUAUUCAGCAAGAUUUAUUCAAGGUCUUAAAUGAUUCAGGCAUUAAGAACAUAAAAAUACUCACAAUCCUCUGUAAACCCCAUAUUCCCUAACCGCUGGUUUAUAAAAACAUCCGGGGCUAGAGAAUUCGUCUGGCUCUACUAGUUGGUCGUGUUACUUUAAACUAAGUCAGAAUUUUGAAGCAAAUCAUUCCUUUUGUGUGUAUUUCCUGGCAAACGCGUGUCAUUUAUUUUAAAGAAUCUCCGAAUAAAAAGCCAAAUUGCUGGAA